AUGGACAUUAUCGAGAAGGUCGAUAUCCCGAGUGAUAAUAAAGAUGCGGUCAAAUUGACUGCAGGCAUGUAUCAAGACAGCUUCAUUCUGCCAUCUCAGUCUAUCAUCAACUACGACUUGACACCGCUCAAAUUCAAUGAUAUCAGCUCUACUGAGAAGGAUUCAGAGAAAGUACCGCCUUUCGUCGCAAAUCUAAUUGAUUUCAGCAAUGAGAAUGAUGAUAUAAUGGUGGCGAACCAUGCGACUAGCAAUUCAGCUUCUAAUUCUAUUUGGGUACCUGCAGACAAGCGUCCUCAAAUCUCACCAAAUAAAUACAACGAUUGGAUCAAAAUACACACAAGCGAUAAACAUACGAGUGCUACAGUAUCAAGGAAGAGAACUGUCUUAUCGACGCUGUCUUUUAAUGCCACAGACGAUGAUAGCAAUAGCAGUGGAAGCAAUACCAGUGAUGAAGAGGAGGAACCUGCUACUCCAACAACCUCAAACACAAUGCAUUUGAUACCAGAUACCUUUGCUGAAAAAUUAAAGGAGGAUCAGCCUGGAAAAGAUAGCAAAGAGGAGGCAAAUGACCAGAAAAUUACUGAAGCUCUCCUUUGCCGCCAAGCAAACCGCAUAGAACAGGAGGCAUCAUUGAACCAAAUGGAGAAUAAUUUGUCGAUUCAAUUAGAGCAGCCACCACCUAUGCAUAAGCAAUCCACCACACCGCAGCCAAAGGAACAGACGCCGAUCAAUGUGCCUCGAGUAGUAAUAACAGCGAAAUCUCCUGAUACACUCAAUGCAGAUUCUCAUUCAAAGAAAGAUAGAAAAUCUUGGUUUAGCGGACUAUUGCAAGACCUCAAAAAAACGAGCAAGCCUCAGAAAUCAAAGAAAGCUGGGCUAUCGAGCUUAUUCUCAAGGUCAUCAUCGCCAUCGUCAUCUAGUAGAAAGCAAGAAACGACUCAAACUAAAAGUUCAAAUACCGUGAAAACUCAACAAACAUCUCCAUCAUCAUCAUCAUUAUCGCUAUCGCCAACAAAACCAUCCAAUGCUAAACCUAAAAAGAAGAAAUUAGAGUCAGAAGUUUCAAAGCACACAAUGACCCGAAGGGACACUCCACCACUUCCUCAACGAUACCCACACAGCACAGAGCGUGCGAUUUAUCGUCUUUCUCACGUCAAAUUAGGGAAUCCUAGACGUCCAUUGCAGCAGCAGGUAGCCAUUUCCAAUAUGAUGUAUUGGUAUCUAUCGAUCCAGCAGCAAGAGCAACAACAGCAGUUUCAACAACAGCAACAAUUGCAACAAAAUUACUAUUACAACAAAAGACAACAGAUUUACUUUAAUAAUAUAUACCAAGCUACAUAUCAAUCAUUUGAGCCGCCUACACCAGGUGGCGGGUAUCAUCAGCACCAACCUCACCUCCAUUCAUACCCCACCACGCCUGCCUCCCAUCAUCAUCAACAACAGCAGCUCUCUUACUAUGCAAAUUUAUCUGUACAGCAACAAUAUGACGAAAGCUAUCAUACAACAUCUUCCACUACCGAGAAACCCAAGACAAACAAGAAGAAAUUCAAGCCAGUUCGGAAUACGCAAUAUGAUCCGAUGGUGUUUGAGAAUAGUGUUGGGAUACAGAACCUUCAAUAG